AUGGCCUCACAACUUCCAUAUGCGGCGGACGCAGAAAGCCCGUUGAAGCCAGCCGAAUUACAAGUCCUUCGAGCCCAGUAUGAGAAAGAGGGUGAAUACGUAGGAGUACAGACCAAAUUCAACUAUGCCUGGGGCUUGAUCAAAUCCAACUCCCGGCCAGAACAACAAGAAGGUGUACGGUUACUUUCGGAGAUCUUUCGUACUGCCCCCGAACGAAGACGCGAGUGUCUUUACUACCUUGCCCUUGGAAAUUAUAAGCUAGGCAACUAUGGCGAAGCGCGCAGAUAUAACGAUCUCCUCCUCGACCAUGAGCCUCAGAAUCUACAAGCCGCGAGCCUACGGUCUCUGAUUGACGACAAAGUUGCCAAAGAAGGCUUAAUGGGGGUCGCGAUUUUAGGCGGGGUUGCCCUGGCGGCUGGGCUUGUCGGCGGUCUUAUCAUGAAGGGUACAAAGAGACGCUAA